AUGAAAAUUGGCCUGAAACUUGGAUAUUCGUUCCUUGCGCUUUUAUUCAUCGCGCUUAUAGUGACUGGCGUUGAAUUGGUUAUCCGAUUUUCCACAAAUGAAAGUCUUUUUGAUAAACCUGAUGUUGACACGUAUAGCAGGGUAGAAAUUCACAAAAAUCGAUCUGAUUUAGAAAAUAAAACGAUGAAUGUAACAACACUUUAUGGAAACUCAGUAAAAAAUGGUACUAUGUCAAUUCUACCGAUGUUUAAAGAUGCUGCUCAUGAUUUCUGUGCGAGCAUGAAUAUGUCUCUUCCAACAAAAAGAGUCAGAGUAAUUGAUGCCCCGGAGAAUUUCGGAAUUCGGACCUACUGGCUUGAUGUUAACUUCACCUUCCCCGAGAUAUCUGUGCCUGAGUCUCCACUGAAAAAUGAGGCUGAAAAAAUACUACGAAGCUUUAAGCUUUACGAGACCCAAGUUUAUCUCCUAAGACUCCCCAAAAAGCAAGGCAUAGAUGAUCGAAUUUGCGCGAGAGCUCAGUACUGCGAUCGAGAGCGAUUCUUUUCACGGAGGUUUGUAUGUGAAGACAAUAUGUUCGAUGAAAAAAAUCAUUAUCAUCUCCUCAAUGACGAGUUUUUAAACGAAACUUACAAUGUUAUUUAUGAUAACACAUCAUCAUUUCCAUCAACGAAUCCUUCAUUUUAUCUUGGGAAUAUUGAAGACUUCUCUGCUUCUGCUUCUGGUAUACGAUGGUGUCCGACAAAUCCGCUAAAACCGAUCGGGCUAGCUGACCAGAAUAAAGGACUGCUCGCACUUUUUCCUUACUCCAACGCUCGAGCGAUUUGUUUUUGA